AACAACAACAAAGAAAGCCAUUAUAAUACAAGCUUAAAAGAUUAUUUACAUUCAUCACAAUCGCAUCCAAUUACACGUCAUUGGCAAUCACAAUCGGUACAAAAUUUUUCACCAAAAGAUUUUAUAUUACCAUUGUUUGUACUUGAUGAUGAUUAUGCUAACGAAUCAAUUGAAUCAUUCCCUGAUGUAUAUCGUAUGGGACAAAAUAUUCUGAUCGAAUAUCUAACACCAUUAGUGUCUGAUUUGGGUCUAUCAUCAAUACUUUUGUUUCCUUGUUUGGAACAACAAUAUGGCCAACAAGAGGAAAAGAAUUUGGAUGAUGCUUUCAAUGUUGAAAAGAAUCCAUUGUUAAAAGUUAUUCCGGUUAUCAAGAAAAAAUUUCCACAAUUGUUAAUCAUAACAGAUGUAUGUCUUUGUGCUUUCACCGAUCAUGGACAUUGUUGUAUUUUUGAUCAACAUAAUGGCCACAUUGAUAAUCCAAAAUCAAUUGAAGCAUUAGCAAAAUUAUCAGUCAAAUAUGCACAGGUUGGUGCCGAUGUAAUCGCUCCAAGCGAUAUGAUGGAUUCUCGUAUUGCUCUUAUUCGUGAACAAUUAACUUUGGCCGGUUAUUCACAUGUAUCCAUACUAUCGUAUGGUGCGAAAUUUUCUUCCUGUUUUUAUGGCCCAUUUCGAAAUGCAGCCGGAUCGGCACCAAAAUUUGGUGAUCGUAAAAAAUAUCAAUUACCAGCCGGUUCACGUGGUAUGGCUUUACGUUCGAUUGAUCGUGACAUAAGGCAAGGUGCCGAUAUGAUUAUGGUUAAACCAGCAAUGGCUUAUCUUGAUAUUGUACGAUCAAUUGCCGAUCAUUAUCCAAACUAUCCAAUUGCUGUAUAUCAGGUUUCAGGUGAAUAUUCAAUGCUUAAACAUGCGGCACAAAUUGAUUUAUUCGAUUUACGACAAAUUGUUAUGGAAACAAUAAUCGGAUUUAAACGAGCAGGUGCAUCGAUUAUCAUCACUUAUUUUACUGCCGAUAUUCUUCAUUGGAUUCAUAAUAAUAAUGGUGGCCAAGAAUUUUGAUUAUAAUGAAAACAAAAACCUGAAUCAUAUUACGCACGCUAUUCUCAUUUUUCCCCCCCAUUAAGAAAAAAUGGUGAUGACAAAUUUUCAUUUCUUACCCAGUGAACUAAAAAUAUCAUCAACAAAAAUGGAAAAAUUAUUAUAUAUGGUGCCUAUGCUGUUCCAAGAAUCGAAAAAGAAAAUUGAUUAUAUAUUUCAUAGUGGAA